ACAACUCACUACCUUCAACUUUACAAUGUCACUAUUAUUUUAAUAAUUAGAACGAAGAAGAAACAAAUAUUUCUUUCUAUUCUUCUAUCUAUAUAUAAAUACAUAGAUAUACUUUUCUGAUCACAAUCAACAAUGGAAAAUUGCUCUAGAGAGAUGGAUAAGGAGGUCACAACACCACUGCUAGUGAAUGAUAAUGAGAUAGAGAGCACAUUUGUUCAAGAACUCAAGAGGGUCAGUUUCAUGGCAGCUCCAAUGGUAGCUGUCACUGUGUCACAGUAUCUUCUUCAAGUGGUUUCUCUUAUGAUGGUUGGACAUCUUGGGAUUCUUGUUUCAUUCUCGGGUGUUUCCAUUGCCAUGUCUUUUGCUGAAGUCACUGGCUUCAGUGUCCUUUUAGGAAUGGCUGGUGCAUUGGAAACACUAUGUGGCCAAACCUAUGGUGCAGAAGAAUAUGGAAAACUAGGAAACUACACAUGCUGUGCAAUCUUAACACUACUUGUAGUUUGUUUACCUAUAUCACUUGUAUGGAUAUUCACCGAUAAAAUCCUAUUGAUGUUUAGUCAAGACCCUGAUAUUUCUCAUGUUGCUCGUGAGUAUUGCAUAUACCUAAUUCCAGGUCUAUUCGGUUACGCGCUUCUUCAAGCAUUGAUUCGAUAUUUCCAGACUCAGAGUAUGAUCUUUCCCAUGCUUUUUAGCUCACUUACAGCUCUAGUUUUGCACAUUCCUAUUUGUUGGAUUCUUGUUUUUAAAUUUGGAUUGGGACACAUUGGAGCUGCUUUGGCAAUUGGAGUUUCUUAUUGGUUGAAUGUGAUUUUGCUUUGGAUUUAUAUUAAGUACUCUCCGUCGUGUCAAAAAACCAAGAUUGUGUUCUCUACUCAUGCUUUGCUUAAUCUACCAGAGUUCUUCAAAUAUGCUAUUCCUUCUGGACUCAUGUUUUGCUUUGAAUGGUGGUCCUUUGAGAUUCUUACAUUACUUGCUGGACUUUUACCUAAUCCUCAACUUGAAACCUCAGUUCUUUCUGUCUGCCUGAACACGACGACAUUGCAUUACUUCAUUCCAUACGCCGUUGGAGCUUCUGCAAGUACUCGUGUUUCGAACGAAUUAGGAGCAGGGAAUCCAAAGACAGCUAAGGGAGCUGUUCGAGUUGUUGUUAUUAUUGGAAUUGCAGAAGCAAUUAUUGUCAGCACCUUCUUCCUAUGUUUUCGAAAUAUUUUAGGAUAUGCUUAUAGCAAUGAUGAACAAGUUGUGAAUUAUAUAGCGAAAAUGGUUCCACUUCUCUGUGUUUCUGUUAGCGCCGAUAGUUUAAUCGGCGCACUUUCAGGGAUUGCAAGAGGAGGUGGAUUUCAGGAAAUGGGAGCUUAUGUGAACCUUGGAGCAUACUAUAUAGUUGGAAUUCCUUUGGGUUUGUUAUUAGGUUUUCAUCUAAAACUAAAUGCUAAGGGUUUAUGGAUGGGAACUUUAUCAGGAUCUGUUCUAAAUGUGAUUAUAUUAGCUAUUGUAACAGCCUUAACUGAUUGGCAAAAAGAGGCAAGAAAAGCAAGGGAGAGGAUGAUUGAUCAGUCAAUAAAAAGUAGUAAUAGUAACUGUGACAUGUGAAGGAGGCAUGUUUGUUUGUUUCAUAGUGUUCAAGUUCUUGUUUUUUGUGGGGAAUGAAGAGAUUUAAUUGUAUAAACAUAUAGUACUAAACAACAACUAUGUACAUGUGAUGUUUGUACUCCAUUGGUAUCAUAAAUCUGAUCCCAUCCCACAUACUUUAAGUUAAGAAUAUGUUUUGCAGGAUUUGUCAUGGGCCAAUCACUUAUGAUAACAUAAAUUAAUUCCUAUUAUUUCUUAUGUCUAAA